ACCUGGUUGGGAGUGAGGCUUCGGCAGCAGGGUGUGUAGCUAGCUUUCUUAGGGCGUACGCUGUCGAGCUAACGCGUAAACCACCGCCUCUUCAACCAGCUGCAUUUUGACAGCUCACAAUAUCGACUUUUUUUUUUUACAUUUUGUGACUUUUACCCGACCGCCUUUUUUAUUUCGGCUAAAUCAAAGAGCAGAAAGCAUCGUGAUGGAAAAGUCCGGAGUUUCCGGGCUGACCGAUGGAACGGUUGUUGGAAUACGGAUGGUUUCGUUUUAACCCGUAAAUAGGGAAAUAUAAGAACACGGGAAUAAAUCGCAGCGCAACUUUUUUUGUUUUUAGAGUGACUCACCUCCCCUUCUCCGCCGAGUUUGAUUCAAAGUUGAGAGCCAAGAUGGCGGCCGAUUCCGUGCAGGGAGAUGGCAGGAGCCACAUGGUGUCAGAACUGGGCCUGGGCCAGAACCUGGACCUGUCCGACACCAUGGUGCAGCAGAAACUGGACGAGAUCAAGGACCAGAUCAAGAGGGAGAUCCGCAAGGAGCUGAAGAUCAAGGAGGGAGCCGAGAACCUGCGCAAGGUCACCACCGACAAGAAGAGCCUGGCCUACGUGGACAACAUGCUGAAGAAGUCCAACAAGAAGGUGGAGGAGCUGCACCAGGAGCUGCAGGAGCUGAACGCACACAUUGUGGUCAAGGACCCCGAGGAUCUCCUGGAGUGCCCACUAACGCCAGACACCCCCAGCAGCGAAGCGCGCAUGUGCACCAGCAACAGCAGGCUGGCGGCCCUGAAGAAACAGAACGACAUUGAGCUGAAGGUGAAGCAGGGGGCCGAAAACAUGAUCCAGAUGUACUCCAACGGCUCCUCAAAGGACCGUAAACUGCUUGCGACCGCUCAGCAGAUGCUCCAGGACAGCAAGACCAAGAUCGAGUUCAUCCGGAUGCAGAUUCUGAAAGCCAGCCAGACCAGCGAAAUGAGCCUGGAGAGCAAUGAUGGCAUGGCCAAGCCCAUCAUCAGCCCGCUGGACCUGCGGCUGGAGGAGCUACGCCAUCACCUGCGCAUCGAGUACGCCGUCGCCGAGGGCGCCAAGAACGUCAUGAAGCUGCUGGGCUCCGGCAAGCUGACCGACAAGCGGGCGCAGUCCGAGGCUCAGGCGAGGUUCAACGAGUCCAACCAGAAGUUGGACCUGCUGAAGUACUCCCUGGAGCAGAGGCUGAGUGAGCUGCCGAAAAACCACCCCAAGAGCAGCGUGAUCAUGGAGGAGCUGGCGCUGGUGUCCUCCCCAACACUGAGCCCACGGCAGAGCAUCAUCUCCUCACAGAACCAGUACAGCACUGUGGCCAAACCUGCCGCCCUCACAGGAACUCUGGAUGUGAGACUAAUGGGCUGCCAGGACCUGCUGGAGAGCGUCCCGGGCCGAUCCAAAUCCGCCGCGGUUCCGCUUCCCGGCUGGAGCCCGAGUGAAACCAGGUCCUCCUUCAUGAGCCGGGGCAGCCGCAACAGAGGAGGCACCAGCCGGAGCCUCUCCAAAACGGACGACCUGUCCAAUGAGAUCAGCGCUGUGCUGAAGCUGGACAACACAGUAGUGGGCCAGACCAGCUGGAAGCCGGUCAGCAACCAGUCCUGGGACCAGAAGUUCACCUUGGAGCUGGACCGGUCUCGGGAGCUGGAGAUCUCGGUCUACUGGAGAGACUGGCGGUCCCUCUGUGCGGUCAAGUUCCUGCGACUCGAGGACUUCCUGGACAACCAGCGCCACGGCAUGUGCCUGUACCUGGAGCCCCAGGGCACACUGUUCGCAGAGGUGACCUUCUUUAACCCCGUUAUCGAAAGGAGACCAAAACUGCAGAGGCAGAAAAAGAUCUUCUCCAAGCAGCAAGGAAAGACCUUCCUGCGCGCUCCUCAGAUGAACAUCAACAUCGCCACCUGGGGCCGGCUGGUGCGGAGGGCCAUCCCCUCCGUCAGCAACUCCUUCAGCCCCCAGGUGCCUGAGCUGGCCUCCGAAUCCACGCCCAGCAGCCAGCCAGGCUCGCCCACCUCCACCAGCAGUGAUCCGACCGUGACCAAGCUGGACUUCGACAAAGAGGAGACCCCCGGCCCCAAGCGUCACUCCAUGCCUGUGGAGAUCAGAGAGCCCGAGGGCACGGCGCCGGGCAGAGAGGAGGUGCAGGACGCCCUGGCGACGUUCGACUUCCUGAACGACAGGAAUAGCAUGGUACUCAAACCAGACGCCGAUAACGUAGCACAGCACGAGAUCCAGCAGCCCGACCUGAAGCUCAUAUCUGUGGAACAGAGCACUGAAAUAAGGGAAGAAGAGCAGUUCCAGUUCAGCCUCAAGGACUUCAAAUGCGUUGCAGUGCUGGGGCGUGGCCAUUUUGGGAAGGUGCUGCUCGCAGAGUACAAAAUCACAGGAGAAAUGUUUGCCAUCAAAGCCUUGAAAAAAGGAGAUAUCGUGGCUCGUGAUGAGGUGGACAGUCUGAUGUGUGAGAAGAGGAUCUUCGAGACGGUGAACAGCGUGCGACACCCCUUCCUGGUCAACCUGUUCGCCUGCUUCCAGACCGAGCACCACGCGUGCUUCGUCAUGGAGUAUGCGGCCGGGGGCGACCUCAUGAUGCACAUCCACGCCGAUGUCUUCUCCGAGCCACGGGCCGUGUUUUAUGCAGCAUGUGUGGUCCUGGGACUGCAGUUCUUGCAUGACCAUAAAAUUGUAUACAGAGAUCUGAAGCUGGAUAACCUGCUGCUGGAUACAGAGGGCUAUGUUAAGAUUGCUGACUUUGGCCUUUGCAAAGAAGGAAUGGGGUUCCGAGACCGCACCAGCACAUUCUGCGGGACGCCGGAGUUCCUGGCCCCCGAGGUGCUGACAGAGACGUCCUACACGCGGGCAGUGGACUGGUGGGGGCUGGGCGUGCUCAUCUUUGAGAUGCUGGUGGGAGAGUCCCCGUUCCCUGGUGAUGAUGAGGAGGAGGUGUUUGACAGCAUUGUCAACGAUGAAGUCCGCUACCCGCGAUUCCUGUCGACAGAAGCCAUCUCCAUCAUGCGAAGGCUUUUGAGGAGGAACCCCGAACGGCGCCUCGGAGCUGGGGAGCGUGACGCGGAGGAAGUGAAGAAGCACCCCUUCUUCAGAAACGUUGAUUGGACCGCGCUGCUGGCCAAGAAGGUCAAGCCCCCGUUUGUGCCGACCGUCCAAGGGCGUGAGGACGUCAGCAACUUCGACGACGAAUUUACCUCAGAGGCCCCAGUCCUGACCCCGCCCCGCGAGCCCAGGGUCCUGACGGGCGACGAACAGGAGAUGUUCCGGGACUUCGACUACAUUGCAGACUGGUGUUAGCCCCCCCACCAUCACCACCCCCA